AUGUCACACAUUGCAGCAGAUGGACCUUAUUUCAGGCCAUUAGACAUUCUAAUCUGCGAGGACCAUCCCGUCUCGCGUCUGGUCAUGGAGAAGCUAUUGGAGAAGUUGCGUUGUCGCGCGAUCAAGGUCCAGACAGGGCCGGAAGCGAUGCGCUAUGCCAUGAGUGAAGUCAAGUUUGACAUCAUCAUGAUGGAGUAUCGACUUCCACAAGUCAAUGGAGCCGACGUCGCUCGCAUGAUCCGAGAAACUAAGAACGCCAACAGCCACACGCCAAUCGUUGCCGUAACUGGUUAUCUCAAAGAGCUUCAAGCACCUCACCAUUUCGACGCGCUGAUCGAGAAGCCGCCCACCAUUGCCAAAUUGACGGAAGUAAUCGGACGACUAUGUCAAUGGAAAGCCCCGCCGCCGAACUGGACACCAUCCAUGCUGACAUCUGUUGUUCCAUCCAAUCUCCGCCAAGAGUCAUCGCGCGUGGAGGAUAGUCCAACGUCGAACUCGUCCAGUUUUGCCGCGAUGCCCUCCGGUAGCUACCGAGGCUCCAGUCGCGAAGACUCCAUUAGCUCCAGCUUCUUCGGGGACAACGAGAACAAGAACGACGAAGUUGCUGUAGUAAUUGACCGCCAGGGAACUGACGAAUGGAGAGAUCGUGAUAUGACCCAGGCCUUCGGUGGACUGGGUAUUUCCGAUGAACCAGCAGCUAUCACGAAAGAUCCGAAGGGUCUCCUGGCGAUUCCGACAAGCGUUCCUCUACGCCAGGAAGCCUCGGCGCCAGCUGCUUUGGAGCACGCUCCGAUCCGGAAGCAGAGGUCUUCCGAGCAAAUCGAUGCCAAGCGGCGCUCACUAGAGAACAAGAAACAUGAGUCGGCCGAGUCUGGCGAUGACGAAGACGAAGAGUUGGGAAAUGCACAGGCACGGACCAAGAGUCCAAAAGGUAGAACGCGAGGCUCUUCGAAAUUAGGCCUUGAGAUGAUGCGCACGAACAGCCAUGGCAGCGUCGUUUCAGUAGAGGAGAUAGCUGCGGUGGAAAAUCUGAAUGCUUCGCCUCCACCGGCCAUCUCUGAGGAGCAGUCGAUCGAUGAUUCCCAGGUCGAGGCGCCCCCCGAGACGCCUACGAAGAAAGAGGGGGAUGAAAAAGAAAAGCCCGAGAUGGCGAACAUAUCCAUCACGCCUCCAGAGAUACUUCCCCCCUUGCCCGGUAAUGCGGUAAAGGAGAUUGAAAUGGAUACAGACGCCACGCCGAAGGCUUCCCACACAGAGCCUGAUCCAGAUCCCACGCCAAAGGCAUCGACAUCUCCGUCUCGAAACCGAGAGUAG